GUUAAACUAAGAAGUAAAACUGGUCACAUCUUGGUCAGUUCUUGUAUCGCCACCGGUGAGGAAGGUCAAGAUUGAUGAGUUUAUUGACCAAACCUGUAACUUUCCAGUUGUCUGAUAUUUGAGAAAAAUGAUGCAGCGCCGGAUAGAAGAAAAGCUUAAAAGUUUACAUCAAAUUCGGUUUCAUGUUAGUGGCAAAGAAUAUACAGUUAAUACUGCCGACGUGACACCAGAGAUGACCUUAAACACCUACCUUAGAGAGAAAUCAAAUCUGACUGGAACAAAACGGAUGUGUCUGGAAGGUGGCUGUGGAACGUGCAUAGUAGCAGUCGAGGAACAUGUCAAUGGGAAGAGGAACGUUUUCGCUGUCAAUUCGUGUUUGGUCUCAAUUCUAUCAUGCCACGGUUGGAAAAUUCACACAGUAGAAGGAAUCGGAGGUCCUCUACAGGGAUUUCACCCCGUACAGACUGCUUUGGCACAAGGAAACGGCACACAAUGCGGAUUCUGUUCACCAGGCAUGGUGAUGAACAUGUACGCCUUGAUGGAAGGAAACGGAUCACAGUUAACGGAAAGAACUGUGGAAAACUCAUUUGGAGGUGUACUGUGCAGAUGCACUGGAUAUAGACCUAUAGUCCAGUCAUUUAGAAGUCUCGUGAAGAAAGAAAAAGAUGGAAUAAACGACAUCGAAGAUCUUAAGUUAUGUAAAAUUGACGGAAAAUGUAAAACAAACUGCGAACACAAGUGUAAGCAAGAAAACUACUACCACGCUUUUCAACAAUCAAAAUGGAUGAAAGUUCAUAACAUUAGUGAUUUGAUGGAUAUUCUGAUAUCUGCUGAGGACGCUCGGUAUCAGCUCGUGGGAGGAAAUACUGCCAGAGGUGUUUAUUACAUAACAAAUCCUCCGCAGCUGUACGUAGAUAUAACAAGUGUGAAAGAAGUAACUACAACUUAUGUGGACUCGAGUUCAUUGAUCCUGGGAGCGAACACUACUUUGAACAGGACUGUGGAGAUAUUCAACAAUGCAGCGAAUGAAUAUCCAGGUUUUCUGUACUUAAGGGACAUGGCUCAACACAUACUCUUGGUUGCGACCGUUCCAAUAAGAAAUAUUGGAACCAUAGCCGGCAAUCUUAUGAUCAAGCAUACUCACAACGAGUUUCCUUCAGACAUAUUCUUGAUUAUGGAAACAUUCAAGGCAACAUUAUCGAUAGUUGAUACAAACGAAGAGGAAAUAUUGUGUUCACCAGAAGACUUUUUACGGAUAAAUAUGUUUAAAAAAGUUAUAAAACAUAUUAUUUUGAAACCGAUUGAUAAGACUUAUCAAUGGAUUACAUAUAAGAUAAUGCCUCGUGCACAAAACGCCCAUGCAGAUGUGAAUGCCGGCUUCUUGUUCAAACUGUCACCUAACUACGUAGUCGAGUCGCCAAGGAUCGUUUUUGGGGGUAUCAGCGCAACAUUUGUCCAUGCCUCAAAAACGGAAGAACUGUUCAAGGGCAAGAAACUAUUCGACAACAAGGUUUUACAGCAAGCUUUCGAGUCGUUGAAUAAAGAAAUUCAACCUACCUGGGAGCUGCCUGAUGCAACGCCUACUUACAGGAAAUACCUCGCUAUUGCAUUAUUCUAUAAGUUCGUCCUGAACAAAUGCCCCAAGGAGCUUUUGACUAGUAGCAGAUUAUCUAGUGGUGGCACGCUUCUCCAGAGACCACUGUCAACGGCGAUCCAGGAAUUCGGAACCACUCCCAGGAAUUAUCCUCUUUCGGAGCCUAUUCCCAAAGUUGAGGCACUAGCACAAACGUCAGGUCAAGCUGAAUACUGCGCGGAUCUUCCAAACCUUCCGAACCAAACAUUUGGUGCAUUUGUGACAGCAACUGCAGUGGCAAACUCACAGCUCGGUCAAAUUGAUCCUUCGGAGGCAUUGAAAGUCCCUGGAGUGAUAGCCUUCUACACCGCCAAAGAUAUACCAGGAAACAACACUUUCAUGCCAAGAAUGAUGGGGACCUUUCCUGUGCGUGAGGAGCUCUUCUGCAGUGGUCGCGUUCAGUACUACUACCAACCUAUUGGGUUAAUUGUGGCUGACAGCCAUGAUACCGCUUUGAAAGCAGCUGAAAUGGUGAGGGUUGAAUAUACCGCUCCCACAGCGGCACCGUUUCUCAAUGUGAGGCAAGUGGUAGAAGCGAAUGCUAGGGACAGGAUUAGAAACAUUACGAAUAUUGUACCCAGAUCAAAAGGGAAUGACAUACAGAAAGUGAUCAAGGGAGAGUUUUACGUGGGUUGGCAGUACCAUUUCCACAUGGAGGUACAAUGCUGCCAAAUUGUCCCAACAGAAGACGGUUUGGAUAUGUUCCCGUCAUCGCAAUGGAUGGAUCUGUGUCAGCUGGCAGCUGCAGAAGCACUGGCCAUUCCAACCCAAACGAUAAACGUACAGGUGAGAAGACUUGGCGGCGCGUUCGGUGCGAAAAUUUCAAGAUUUUCAUUGCUCUCCACAGCUGCAGCAUUGGCAGCAUAUAAGCUAAGAAGACCUGUAAAAAUUUGGAUGCCCUACAUCACCAACAUGAACGUAAUUGGCAAGAGGUAUCCUUUGCUAUGUAGAUAUGAAGUGGGAGUAAAUACGCAAGGUGUCAUACAAUAUCUCAAAGCAGAUCUCUAUUCGGACUUUGGUGUUGGAGGAAACGAACCAAUGGACACUCUGCUGGUAGAUAGCUUUCAAAAUACAUACGUGACCGACACAUGGAGCUUUUCAACCUACCAAGUCAGUACUGACACACAUGCUAAUACCUGGGCUAGAGCACCUGGUACCUUGGAGGGAAUGGGUGCAAUAGAAAGUAUUUUUGAUCACAUUGCAUAUGAAAUGAACUUAGAUCCGGUGCAAGUAAGAUUAGCAAACACGAAUACAAAUAGAUAUGCAAAAAUCAUGGACUACUGGAAGGACAUGGAAACCUGGGCAGAUAUCUCUGCGCGAAGCCAGUUCAUAGAACAAUUCAAUAAGGAAAAUCGAUGGCGAAAACGGGGCAUGUCCUUGGUUCCAAUGGCGUGGAUUUUAGAAUUUUCGGGUAAUUUCUCAGUUUUGGUUUCCAUUGUACAUGGAGAUGGAGGAAUCAUGGUUUGCCAUGGAGGAAUUGAAAUGGGACAAGGCAUAAAUACAAAGGUAGCCCAAGUAACAGCUUUCAAGUUCGGAGUUGGUCUUGAUAAAGUACAAGUAAAGCCAAGCUUAAAUUUGGUCGCUCCAAAUUCGUCGACAACUGGAGGAAGUCUUACAAGUGAAGCAGUUGUUUAUGGAAUCAUUACUGCAUGUGACACUCUUAUUGCUCGAAUGAAGCCAGUGAGGGACCGAAUGACAAAUCCAACGUGGGAACAACUGGUUGCUCAGUGCUACUCCGAAAAUGUCCAGUUGACAGCUAAUGGCUUCUUUCAGCAAAAUUCCCCUGGUGUUCAAACUUACCCGAUAUAUGGUCUAUGCGCAACCGAGGUGGAAGUCGAUAUUCUGACAGGUCAAAAACUGAUUCUCCGGGUAGAUAUUAUUGAAGAUGUUGGUGACAGUAUGAGCCCACUAGUUGAUAUUGGACAAACUGAAGGAGCCUUUGUAAUGGGUAUUGGCUAUUACACCAUUGAACAAUGCAUCUUCGAUCCCCAGGGUCGACUGAGAUCGAACAGAACUUGGAACUAUAGAGUUCCUGGAAUGAUGGACAUUCCGGUUAACUACAGAAUCAAAUUCCCGCAGAAUAAUCCAAAUCCUGUAGGCAUUCUGAAAUCCAAGGCUGUAGGUGAACCUCCUUGUUGCCUUUCAAUUUCCGUUCCUUUGGCCAUACGUAGAGCUAUGGCUUCUGCUAGAGAAGAAGCUGAGCCUUCUCAACCUAAGUGGGUACCAUUUGAUGAGACGACUUCAACGGACUUUACUUUCCGCCAAUCGCUGAAUAACUACAAAAACUAUGUAAUCUAGAUAUGUUAAUAAAGUAU